UGUGAACCUGGACGUAUUACGUAGACACCUUGGUCCUAUCCGCUGCUUGCUGGCAUUCUUGCUUCUUUAUCUCCUCCCUCAUUCCUGAGACAGGCCCCACUUUCAUCUCUCUCUCUCUCUCACAUAGAAUUUUCAAUUUUUCCUGCUUUCCAACAGAAGAUAUUUUGAUCUCACAGCUAAAUAAUUUUUCCUAGAAGGGAAGGAGAACCAGAGAAGCAGUUGCAAUGAUCAAUCGCCUUCUCGGGCACACUCUCAAGAGAGCCACCAACCAGGUUGGCUCCCAUGUAAAGCAUCUUCCUGCAGUUAGUGGUUCGCAUGGAUCUAUUAUUCGUAGACGCUCACCGACCAGAUGGAGUAGUGCACAGGUAUCUGUGCAGAAUGAUUCCACUGAUGAAAAAGGAUUUAAGGGGCAUGAUAUGUUGGCACCCUUUACUGCAGGGUGGCAAACUACCGAUCUGCAUCCCUUAGUAAUAGAAAAGUCUGAGGGUUCCUAUGUUUAUGAUAUAAACGGAAAGAAAUAUCUUGAUUCCCUGGCAGGUUUAUGGUGCACAGCUUUAGGUGGAAAUGAACCACGUCUUGUUGAUGCUGCUAUGAAACAACUAAAUACAUUGCCAUUUUAUCACUCAUUUUGGAAUCGUACAACAAAGCCUUCUUUGGAUCUUGCCAAGGAACUUCUAGAUACAUUUACUGCAAAUAAAAUGGCAAAAGCAUUUUUCACAAAUAGUGGAUCAGAAGCCAAUGACACACAGGUGAAGUUGGUAUGGUAUUAUAACAAUGCACUUGGGAGACCAAACAAGAAAAAAUUUAUUGCUCGUGAAAAAUCAUACCAUGGAUCAACGCUUAUCGCAGCUAGUCUUUCUGGCCUUCCAGCACUACAUCAAAAAUUUGAUCUGCCUGCUCCAUUUGUAUUGCACACUGACUGCCCUCAUUAUUGGCGCUAUCAUCUGCCAGGUGAGACAGAGGGGGAAUUCUCAACAAGGUUGGCAAAUAACUUGGAAAAUCUUAUCCUCAAAGAGGGACCAGAGACGAUAGCUGCUUUCAUUGCGGAGCCAGUCAUGGGGGCAGGUGGUGUGAUACCACCACCAGCAACUUAUUUUGAUAAGAUUCAAGCUGUAGUUAAGAAGUAUGACAUUCUUUUCAUUGCGGAUGAGGUAAUAUGUGCGUUUGGGAGGCUUGGAACAAUGUUCGGCUGUGACAAAUAUAAUAUCAAACCUGAUCUUGUCUCUAUAGCAAAGGCUGUUUCUUCUGCUUAUAUGCCGAUUGGGGCUGUCCUAGUGAGCCCUGAAGUAUAUGAUGUAAUACAUUCCCAAAGCAAUAAAUUAGGUUCUUUCUCCCAUGGUUUUACUUAUUCUGGGCACCCGGUAUCUUGUGCCGUGGCAUUGGAAGCAGUAAAGAUCUACAAGGAGAGAAAUAUUAUUGAGCAGGUUAAUAGAAUAGCUCCGAAAUUCCAAGAUGGUAUAAAAGCCUUUUCCGACAGUCCUAUCAUUGGAGAGAUUCGAGGUCUUGGCUUGAUCCUUGGGACCGAGUUUACUAACAACAAGUCUCCUAAUGAUCCUUUCCCUCCUGAAUGGGGUGUUGGUGCUUACUUCGGAGCUCAGUGUCAGAAAAAGGGGAUGCUGGUCCGUGUAGCUGGCGAUAACAUAAUGAUGUCUCCUCCGUUUAUAAUGACUCCCGAGGAAGUUGAUGAGUUGAUCAGUAUAUACGGGGAGGCGUUGAGGGAGACCGAAAGGCGAGUAGAAGAACUCAAAUCCCAGAAGAAGUAAAUUUGAUGGUUACCAAAGCUCAUUGCUAUUCAAAACAAAGUGUAAAACAUAAAUAAGGAUGUUGAGUAGGAGGUUUCAGCUUCUGCUUCUUCUGGAUUGUCCUUACUCUCUUUAUGCUGGUUGUUGAACACUGAAUGUAGAGUAAGGGAAUAAACAUUUUAUUGUUAUACUAGAAAAAUUUGCAUGUGCGUUCAAUUUCCAAUAAAAAGAAAAGAUGUAA